AGAUGUGUCGUACAAUGAUUUGUCUGGGAGUCUUCCUUCAUGGGUCAACUUACCGAACUUGCAACUAAAUCUUGUUGCCAACAACUUCACCUUAGAAGGUCUUGACAGCAGUAUUUUAUCAGGACUGAACUGUCUGCAGAAGAACUUCCCCUGCAAUCGAGGCAAAGGAAUAUAUUCUGACUUCGCUAUCAACUGCGGAGGCCCAAAAAUACUGUCAUUUAGCCGAGCACUAUUUGAGAGGGAGGACGGGGAUCUUGGACCAGCUUCAUUUGUCGUGAGUGAUGCACAGAGAUGGGCAGCCAGUAGCGUAGGACUUUUUGGCGGUAGUAGUAAUAUAUACAUAGUGACUUUACUAUUACAUUUUAUCAACACUCUGGACUCGGAGCUUUUUCAAUCAGCAAGAGUUUCUGCAUCUUCCCUAAGGUAUUAUGGGUUGGGGCUAGAAAAUGGAGGCUAUACAGUAACACUUCAGUUUGCUGAAAUACAAAUGAAUGGUUCUUCUUCAAACACUUGGAGAAGUUUAGGAAGACGACUUUUUGACAUUUAUGUCCAGGGAAGACUUGUUGAAAAGGAUUUUGAUAUAAGCAGAACAGCUGGUAACUCUCUUGUUCUAGCAGUUGAUAGAGAAUAUAAAGCAAAUGUAUCUGAAAACUACCUAGAAGUUCAUCUUUUCUGGGCUGGAAAAGGAACAUGUUGUAUUCCUAUUCAAGGUGCUUAUGGGCCUUUAAUAUCGGCCAUCAGUGCAAAAGCAGACUUCACACCGACUGUGGCUAACAAGCCACCAUCAAAGGGAAAGAAGAUGACUGGUGCUAUUGUGGGUUUCAUUGGUGGCCUAGGACUUUUGAGCAUCUUUGCGGGCGUGGUUAUCUUCAUCAUCCGAAAAAGAAGAAACCAAUACACCAAUGACGAAGAGAUACUGAACAUGGACGUGAAGCCUUACACCUUUUCUUACUCUGAACUUAAAAGUGCCACUCAAGAUUUCAAUCCCUCAAACAAGCUUGGAGAGGGAGGCUUUGGUGUUGUAUAUAAGGGAAACCUAAAUGAUGGACGAGAGGUGGCGGUAAAACAGUUGUCGGUUGGAUCCAGACAAGGAAAAGGACACUUUGUUGCAGAAAUUGUAGCAAUUUCUACAGUUAUGCACCGCAACCUAGUUAAACUUUACGGAUGUUGCUAUGAAGGAGAUCGUCGUUUGCUCGUUUAUGAGUAUCUACCCAAUGGAAGUCUCGACCAGGCACUAUUUGGAGGUGAUAAGAAGACCUUACAUAUAGAUUGGCCAACACGUUUUGAGAUAUGCAUGGGAGUAGCUAGAGGUCUAGCCUACCUCCACGAGGAGGGGAGUGUUCGCAUAGUACACAGGGAUGUGAAGGCAAGCAACAUUUUGCUUGACUCUAAUCUGGUCCCAAAAGUCUCUGAUUUUGGGCUGGCAAAGCUAUACGAUGACAAGAAAACCCACAUAAGUACCAGAGUGGCUGGGACAGUGGGAUAUCUUGCGCCGGAGUAUGCAAUGCGUGGACACCUAACAGAGAAAACGGACGUGUAUGCGUUUGGUGUUGUGGUCCUUGAGCUAGUGAGUGGAAGGGCAAACGCAGAUGAGAGCCUGGAGGGUGAAAAACGAUUUCUUCUCGAAUGGGCAUGGAAUCUACACGAGAAAAGCUGUGAAGUGGAACUUAUUGAUCGUGAGCUGACUGAAUUCAACACGAAAGAAGUGAAACGCAUGAUAGGCAUUGCUCUGCUUUGCACUCAAGCAUCUCACGCAGUUAGACCAUCAAUGUCACGAGUGGUUGCCAUGCUUUCAGGAGACGUUGAGGUGAGUGAGGUGACCUCUAAGCCAACCUACCUACCCGACUGGAGAUUUGAUGACACUACAAGGUCCUCUUUCAGCGCCUUUCAAACAAAGGACACGGGCGCUUCUGGUUCCUACUCAACGACCUUUGCUACGCCCGCAGACAGCGACUUUAAGCCUAUGCUUGGAGUCAAGAUCAAUGAAGGGAGAUGAAACUGUCCCAUCUCCUCUUUGAUGGCUAUGGAGAUGUCUUAGUGUAUAGUGAAAGAGGAUGUAUCACUAUGUUCUUCUUUGGUUGGGGACACAUAGUUCACUUUAUGUUAUGACAAAGAGAAACAUAUAUUUCAUGAUAAGUUUAUUAGGCUUACUAACUUAAAACCAA